UGCGCAGGGGAGGAGUGUAGCCUGCACAGCGCCACCGUCCCCCGCUCGCCUGUAAGACAGCGCUGCGGGCCAAACAGACUCGCCGUAAAGUACGAAACAAGGCGUAGAUUUAUCAUCGACGAGCACAUAUAGCGGAAAACUGCCGUCAGCUUGGAUGAUACUUUUGAAGGGUAUUUGUUUCUGAGUCGAAGACGUCUUGACGCGGCAAGCAUGAGCAGUUUCAGCAAGUUGGAGGGACAUGGGCGACCACGGUUCUCCAGGGCAACACACCUUGGAACAUCCAAGCCUGAGUUAGAGCGAGAUUCAGGCUUCUCAGAUGCCAGCUCUGAGUAUCUGAGUGCAGUUGACCUGACUGACUCUGAGGAUGUAGGUAGGACGGUGUCUAUAAUAGGCCAGGAGCAGACCGGUCCCCAGGUGGCUGUGAUGGGAGGCUCUUACCCUGGCCUGUCUCCUAUGAUCAUCAUGAACAACUUCGUCCUAAAGCAGCCAAACCCCAUGACUCCAGUAGAUAAACAGUGGGGCUUUCCUUCACCCUUGGAAAUGAUGCCUCAGCCCCAGGUUGUCCUUCUUCAGCCCGUGAUAUCAAGUGGUAACAGCAGCACUCCAAAGACUGUCCCUGAAAAUCACAGACAAUCAAGAAACUACCUACCCAUUCUCAAGUCAUAUCCCAGAAUUGCCCCCCACCCUGGGGAGGCACCUACUAAGAGGCAGGCAUCUUCCAGGGUGAGGAGUAGUUCAACAUCAGGAUACGACCAGCGCCAGCGGAGGCACCAUCAUGCCCACAGACUCUACAGCUCCCCCAGUUCUCAGCAGCAGGCGCUGCAGACACCAAUCAAGCCCGCCUCCAGCUUUGAAGCGGCAAGCAGCCAAGCUCAAGCAGCCGACUGUCAGCCGCCGUGCCCGUUGCAGCUCAACGACAAACCUCACUCCUUGGGCACAGAGACCGGCUCUCUGCCCUCCUGCCCACAUGAACUGAGGUUGGUCCUAGAUGGCAACAGGCAAGAUCCUAACAAACAACAGGAUGCCCUGUGUAUGGACAACGACAAACUGAAACGUUUCAGCAACACCUACAACAUCCUUAACAAGUCUGGCUUGCUGGGGAUCACCCUGCGCACAAAGCAGCUGAUCAAGGAGAACCGGCGCACCCAAGGCCAGCUGCAGCAGCUGCAGGAGCAGACGGCCCUGCUGAUGGAGGCUCUGAGCAGCGGGGACCCCCAGCUCUGGACUAAGCUCCAGCUCACCCUGCAGGACACGGACAAGGAACAAUGGGGAAUAAAACCGCCGAGCGUCCUGGCAUAAUGAACCGGUGGGUUAAGCCUGCAGUCCCAAACCCGAAGUUGGCACAAUGUUUUCAGGGGAUCACAAGUUGAUUUAUGGGAUGUGAAACACACAUUUUUAGUAGAGAAAUAUAUCAUCAUAUCUGAAAUCUUUGCAAUAAAAGUUUUGUUUGUG